GAGAGAGCGAGAGAGAGAGUACACGAGACAGGAGGCGCUCCCUCUAAUCCUGGCUGCGACGCCAAACAGCAUUGCACCGGCCGCUACGAGAGACUUAAUGGAGGCUCAGGCAGACUCUAGUGCUGCAGAGCCACUUAGAGACCGAGAGUUCCAGAAGCUUCUGAAGUCCUCCAGCUCUGCCAGCCUCACCAGCGAGGCGUCCCACAAUGCCUCAGGAGAGCAUGUCGGCACCCCGGCCCAUUACGGCAGCCAGGUGCUGAUCACAGAGAAACGACAGCCUCUCAGCAGCGUGUCGUCUCUGGAGGUGCACUUCGACCUCCUGGACCUGACGGAGCUCACAGACAUGUCCGACCAGGAGCUCGGGGAGGUGUUCGCCGACUCGGACGAGGAGAGCCAUACUGAGUCCCCAGCCAUUCGCCCCACAGAUCGCCAGCAGCCGCCGUUACCUAGAUUCCCCCACAGCGGGUACGUGCGCUCACCCUCCUGGACCCGCGGGGGAAAAGGGGAUCAGCAGCCGAGAGAUCGAAAGCACCACAGCGACUCCGAGAACACAGAGCCAAUGCUGAAGAUAGAGCGCUCUCAAUCCCAGCAGCCUUGAGCCAGGCCAGCUACAGGGGCUUGGGGAGAGGACUCAGCCCUUGUCUGGAGAGGGGAGGUUCCUGGUCAAGCAAGGAGACGGGGAACCUUAGGGAUCAAAGGACAUGGUGAUCCCACUUAAAGAUAAUGCAAUCCCUUCGUCCAUUAUGGGCAAGAAGACAGCUCCGAUUAGCUGGGAUAAGUGUAGACUCUUCCUCAAGAUGGAACAGACUUUAUCCAAACAGGAUUUUGGGCCGCCUCUUUGGGACCUAGUCACUUUCAGUCUUUCAGAGAACUUGAAGCAAGAUGUAGCAUUAUGGACCACACCAUGAAUCCAAGGAGCGACUGAGGAAUUACACAGUGAUUUGAAUCUUCAAGGAACUGUUUAAGGACCAGAGCAAUGUGUCGAGGCAGCAACUGUGACGAGCCCACAGCGAAGUUCAGGAAAUACCUGUGUGAAGGGACAGAGAGAAGUUACAACAAAAGUGUCCUUCGAGGAGAUUCC